CUGGCCUCCAACUGAAACCACUGCCUGUAGCGUCCCCUAUUCUUGGCCCCGUGACUCAGUCCCUCUGAGGGAACCAGCCCUCUUCUUGGCACUCAGGGGCUAGGUGGUGACAUCAGAGUUGAGGGGUAUAAAAGUUCUUAGCCAAAAUAGAACUGAAGAUGCAACCUGGCAGUGCCUGUGACAGGGACCUCUCCGCCUGACGUUCACAGAUGUCUGGAGGCAGAUUCUCCCUGUGUCAAGGCCUACCCACUGACUCCAUGGUGGGCUCUCUUUCCCUUCUGUGGCUUGUGGCCAUGACCACCUCCUUGGUUUCUAAAGCUCAGAUCUUGACCCCCCAAGACUACGAUGAAGAGGACUAUGAGGCCUUAACCACACCUUCUUCUGGGGCUGUCCGAUGCGACUAUGACCGUUGCCGCCACCUGCAGGUGUCCUGCAAGGAGCUGCAGAAGGUUGGGCCAGUAGCCUGUCUGUGCCCAGGGCUCACCAGGGAGGAUCAGCAGCCAGACCCUCCGCGGCUGGGAGAAGUGCAGAUCUUGGCGGAGGAAGGCUGCGCUGUUGUCCACUGGUGCGCUCCCUUCUCUCCAGUCAAUCACUACUGGCUUCUGCUUUGGGAAGGCAACAGCGCUCCACACAAGAGUGGCCCCUUCAAUGCGACCGUUCGAAGAGCGGAGCUGAAGGGACUCAAACCUGGCGGUUCUUAUGAUCUUUGUGUGGUGGCUGCUAACGACGCUGGCGAGAGCCGUGUUCCUGGAGCAGAUGCUGAGGGUCCUGAGAACUGGGCUGAGCCUUCUUUUGGGCCUUGUCGAAAGCUUAUCAUGCCGCCUAGACCUGUCACCCUGGUCCACGCAGCCGCGGGAGUGGGCACAGCUUUGGCUCUGCUGAGCUGUGCUGCCCUAGUUUGGCAUUUCUGCCUUCGUGAGCGGUGGGGUUGCCCCCGACGUCACGGUACCACCCAAGAUUCAGAAGCUCUUUGAUGGGAGUCCCACCAACUAGAAACAGCUCUGGAACAUUCCAGCCACAUCUGGAGAGCCCAACCCACUCCCAGGAGGGGUGUGGAGCCUGCAGCCACCUGGCACUAGGGCACAGCCAAGUCAGAGCCGAAGCCAGGGCAAUUGGCCUCGGGGCUGAGAGUUUGUUUAGUCCCUAACUAACUGGUCACUAUGUUCCCUGGAGCCUAGGAAGGGGUAGCAAUUAUUCAGGUGUAAAUGAUUUAAACUCAAUGGGCUUCAGGGGGUAAAAUUGCAUACAUUACAUAGGUACUUAUAUAUAGUCAGUUAAAACAGGGCUAUUUAAGGUUCU